AUGAUGCUGCUGCUGAUGCCCCCGCAAGAGGCGUCACCAAACACUGGUGUUGGGGAGGAAGCAGCAGCAGCACCUGCAGCAGCAGCAGCAGCAGCAGCAGGUUGUAAUGCUGACUGUGGUGCAGCAGCAGCAGAGAAAGGAAGAGAGAGUCUGCUGCUGCAGCAGAGAAGCAAAAAGCUGCUGCCUGCUGCUGCGGUGUCUCUUGAGGUCCCCCCCUGCAGCAACGAGCUGCUGGGCCUUCCUAUCGAUACCCACGGCACCACCAGCAGCACUACAGGUGAAGCAGCUGCCGCUCAGCAGCAGCAGCAGCAGCAGCAGCAGCAGGAGCAGCACGGUGAGCAGCAGCAGCAGCAGCAGCAGCAGCAGCAGCAGGAGACUGCAUGCGUCGCGCCCUGUUUCUUGGGGCUUGCUGACUCUGCUAUACUCUUAUGGAGAGCCGCAGCCCUCAAAGGAGACAGUAAAACAAACCAAGGAGACAAACAGGUUGUUGUCUCCCCUUCUGCUGCUGUGCUGGGGCCCAGCUCUGCAGCAAAACCAAGGAGACAAACAGGUUGUUGUCUCCCCUUCUGCUGCUGUGCUGGGGCCCAGCUCUGCAGCAAGUUAGCAGCAGAAGAAGAUGCUGUAGGUUCUGCUGCUGCUGCCGUCCCCGUCUCGUUGGGGUCCCCGCUGGGGCCCCGCGGCUCUAGCCCGAGUGCUGCUCCUGCUGCUGCUGCUGCUGCUGCUGCUGCUGCUGCUGUUGGGGGCCCCCUGAGCUGCUGCGGUGGUUACCCUUCUUCUGUGUCUUCUGCUUCAUAUGAGUUGCUGCAGGGCAGCAGGAGGCCCCCAGGCCUAGCGAGAGAAUAUAUAGAUUUCUUAUGCUCUACAAGUAUCAUCGAUGCCUCUCUACUGUCUCCUCAGCCCCCUCUGUCUCCUGCUGCUGUUUCUCCUGCUGCUGUUUCUCCUGCUGCAGCAGAAACACACCAUAGGGGGCCCCACACACAGCAGCUGCAGCAGCUGCUGAGACCUGAAGGAGUAUAUCUCGCCGGUAUAUAG